UGGCGGAGUGCAGUUUUCACCAUCAACAUAAUUUGGUGAACCACGGACACCAGCAUUGUUUGGGUUCCCAGGCGAGCUUGGCAGCAUAUUCACAGGCAUAGUGAACCCAUUUGGGCUCAUCCGCUCCGUUUCCAUGAUGCUACGGUAUCAGUUCGGUCUGCCUGUACUGGCCGACUUGCUUCAGCAAGCCAUCAAAGCUUCUCUAGAAGAUGGCGUUCGAACCAAGGACAUGUCAUCGGCAAGCAACAAAACCAUCAUCACCACUGAGGAGAUGGGAGACCGUAUCGUUCAAGCCAUGGAGUAUUUCCAAAGUUUCAAGGUUCCUGGGAACCUUGUUGAAGUUGGCGAGUAAAUAAACGGGACACUUUUCAAUUCUGUAAUUUAUUUCACUGUCCGAGGACUCCUACUUCAUAAGAUGU